CCUGCAUCUAAAAGGCAGGUCUGGUGCUGUUAAACUUAAUCUUCUGCAUAAUAUUAUUUCUAGAAGUAUGUCGAGUGUUGACAUUGAUUUUGAAAAUGAAUCAAUUGAUUCAUCAAUAUUCAGCUGUGCUAAGGCUUUGAAGAAAGCAUCUGGUGAUGGCUCUGAAUAUGAUGUAUUCGUGAAUGAGGAUGCUGCUGUUGCUGCAAGUAAAAGAAAUGCCAUCCCUCCUACCAACUUCUUCCAUGACGACCAGCUGUUCAGCUGCCUAAGUCUUGGUUCCCUUCACACCAAGGAGCGCAACCAUUGCUCGGACUUGUCAGAUAACGAGGACGACUUGGAGCCUUUCGAGAAGCUGGCGAGGAACAUGGAGGACCUGACGGGUGAUGGCGGCGUCCUCAAGAAGAUCGUGACACCAGGCGUGGGCGCACGUCUGGCCGCAGGGACGGCGGUGCGGUUCCACUACAGCGCCUUCCUGGAGUACGGCGACGAGCCCAUGGACAGCUCGUACCUGCGGGGCCGGCCGGUCACGUCCCACCUGGGGCACGGCGACGUCUUGCUGGGUCUGGAGGUCGCCCUGCAGUCGAUGAGGCUCAAGGAAGUCGCUCAGUUUAUAUUCGCGCCGCGCUACGCAUUCGGCCAG